AUGGGAGUGACAAAUCAAUCAGAUGGAGGAAAAUCCAACCCUCAGAACGCUGACCUCUCCGGGAAUUCAUGGAGCAAAUUUUCGAGAGCAUGUGAAAAGCCAAAGUGUGGGGCCAGCAGUUUAGUAGAGGAUGACGAUUCGGCGAGUUCGGAGACAGGCACAACCGUAGUUUUCAAAUCGAUGGGUGACACGUAUCGGCCUAUACCUCCUCGACUCGUUAUCUCAAAUGAAGACUACGUUCCUGUGGAGACAUCUACCUUAGAUGACAGUAUAAUUUCAACCGAAAUUUUGGAAAUGAGCGGAGAGGGGAGCAGGACGCCCGUCCCAGUGACUGUUCGCAUUGAAGUGCCGUCAACUCGACCGAACCCGCCCGACAACUUCAGACAGAUUAAUUCCGACACAUUACCUGCAGAGGAGCCAAACUCCAGCAGGGUGAUUGGUGCGACAACCUCAGUACAUACGACGACGAUGCAGCCUACUGAGGGUGAAGACAUUGAAGGAUUGCUCUUUCGUGGUCAUUCCGAGAUCAGCAGGAAAAUCGAUCUGGAUGACGUUUUGAGACGGGGUGGUAGUCUGGUCAUCAAAAAUAUGAUACCCACUGUGACCCUGAGUGAUUGUUAUGUGCCUCGGGAUCACGUACCCGGAUUCACACCCGUUAAUACCACUAUCUCGACGACUACGGUGUCUGAGCCUCUAGAUGAAAUGGAAUGCCGCCAUGUCGUAGAGGUCAAAACAAGGGAUUCUCAGACGCAGACGGCGGAGAACAGCAUAUCCACUGAUCUAAGGAGGAAACAAGGUGCCCGAACCGUCCCUCUGAGGCAGUUUGCAGCGAGGCCAAUGAAAACAUCACCGAGUUUGAAACAAGGCUUGCUGGAACAAUUAAUCAUGGAGACGAUUCAAGCCCUGAACAUAAACAGACUUAGACGCAACUGA